AAGGUUUUUAAUAUUGGUUAAGUUUGUGUGUGCUUGUUUUUGUCUUUGAGCAAUGCUUGUUUUAAAGGAAAUUACUUACGUGAAAUAUCUGAAGGAUUCCAUUAAAUUAACAUCUGAAGUGCAGGAUUGUUGCUACUAUUGUUUUUACUACUUCUUCAAACUUAAUUGUAUUGAUUGUAAAUGUUUCUGCAUCCAAGAGAAAUCAGCCAAGUAAACAAAGAAUACAUGUAGUGUGUAAACUCACAGAAGCUAAUAAAAAGCAUUGCAUAUAUUUUUAAGACUCCAACUCAUUGUAAUCAUUGAGUUAAUCUAAAUAGGUGGGUAUUUUUUGUAUGUAUUUCUGAUUCCUUGGAUUGUACUUUCUUAACUUUGCCAAAUGAUGUUGGUCUCUUCCAAACUCGCACUGCUUAAUUGUGCCAGAGAGAGAGAGAGAGAGAGAGAGAGAGAGAGGGAUGGGCGCAGCUUCAAACUCUGUCCCUUUCAUAGAGGGCUGAGGCUUAUCCAAGUCAGGGUCAUAUGCUGAAGCAAAGUAGACCAGAUCCCUCUACCCGUAGCUAUGCCAUCCAGCUCUUUGUGGCAUCCCAGUGCUUUCCCAGACCUGAUGGGAUAAGCAUUCCAGCAUGUUCUGGGUGUGGCCUCGGGUCUCCUCCCAGUUGGUGUGGAACAGGCUUGGCUGAGUCCAACUGUCCAUAAAAGAGAGAUAAGCGGAUGUUCAGGCAUAAAUCAGCCCUGCGUUAAAACAUUGCAGAGGGUCGUGUUGCUUCAGUUACUUGGGAGACAUGAAAUACAAUCAUGUCAGUCCAAUUUGAAUUUCACGGAAAUUACAGGCGUCUGAGAUGCCAAAACACUCUAUGAUCCUAAAAGACUGGAUGUUGCUGCUGACAACUAUCAGCUACCGUAAACAGUAGAAAUACAGCAUGUAAACACGGCCCACUUGGAUUAAAAGUCCCAUACCUCCCCUGAGAUAUGGAAAAUGCCAGGUAUGCCUACUUCACCUUCACAACUGGUACGAAGUACCGUCUUACAUUACUUCACACUUACAUGGUGUUUACAUGGUGCUAUGCUUCACUAAUGUGACUAUACUACCACUGCCCAUCGCCUGGCUAGCAAUUUACCCUUGUGGCCCGCUUUUUGGGAAUUGAGCCCACAUGCCAGGGAUUUUGUUGUCCCACCCCUACCAAUAGGUUCUUAAAUCUCUCAUGGUAGGACCCUUGUCCUGGGACCAAAUUUGUCAUUGCUGACCCCACCAGAAACGGUGCACCAGACAACAUAGCUGUGAGACUUCCAGGGACUAACGGGGGGGGGGGAGGUUACAGAGGGGAUUUGUGUAGUUCACCCCUCUUGUGUCAGGCCACAUUUCACCAUCCAAACUCGUCACAGACUGUAAAUUGUAAAUCUACCUGAUGAUAAAUUAAUUUUGGAUUGAAUUUUGACAGCAUUCGCCUUUUUAGUGGCCUUGUAAAAUCUUCACAAUAAUAAUAUUAAUCCAUAUAUAUAUUUUCCAGGUUUCUAUGCAGAUGUAACUCAUCAUCCUGGAUAGUCCUUGAUUGGGCAAAAUAUGCUAUAGCUUCCAAUCCUUGCAGAGAAUGGCUCAUGGGUGGGAUUCAUACUUUCACAACCUUCCACCUCUAUCAUCAGAACCAAGCACUUUGACCAGGACAUCAGAGUCACAGGGAAGUCUUUCCAACCAUAUAGAGAACUUCAUUGGACAUCAUGAUUUCCCCGGCACAGAGGCUUCACAUGAAGCCUCUGCAACAAACUCAAACUUCAACACAAACUAUUACUCAAAUCCCUGUAUAGAAAAUCCCAGUUCAGACUGCCUUUAUCAAAGAUACAGCAACGAAAUCCCCUGGCAAGCUGAUGGAGAACAAAUGGGAAAAGAUUACUUGCCAAAAUGUGGAAAUAAUGAAAUCUCCGAUUUGGCCACAGAUGGAUUAUCGACAUCAGGAUCUUUUCCUUCAUCUUUUGCGACAGAUUUGCAAGAACUUAAGCAAGACUGUGGAAUGCUAGCUACAUCACUUCUUGAGGAUUACUCAGAUGUCAGUAGCUGCUCGGAUGCAGAUGUGGGUGAAACAAGGCCCUCUUGUAAAUUUAUGGCAAGCAAUUCAGUUCGAAAACCCAAAACUGCUGUUACUACCAAACCCAGCUCAUCAGAAUGGCUUUUCACUGAUGAUGGAAAUAUGAUGGUUCCGACUGAGAGUCUGUGCCCUAAUAUGUCAGAGACUAAUGUAGCUUUGCCAAGUACUUCAAAUGUGAUGGCAGGAGAAAACAUAGUUAAAGACGAGAUGGAAUGUCAAGAUAAAACUGUCACAUCUUACACAGGACACAAUCAGUCCUCUACUACUUCUAACAUGGUGACAACUACAGGACGCAAGACUGUUGAGGAGAGAAAUGAUUAUGGUGGUUGUCCAGGUCAGAAACAAAAGGAGGAUGUGGAGAGAGAUGUCCUUCAAGGAAAAAAUUCCAACAUCUCAAUAAGUGGCAAUGAAAAGUUGACUGAUGAUGGAAUACAGUACACGGAUGGCAAUGACGAAGAGCAGAUUGCUGCAGCUGUGCCAAAUAUGACUACAUUGAACAAUGUGCAAGAUCCUUCAGGCGAAGAAUUCCUAAGAAUGGAAAUUGAGGAAUCAUUCAACCAAGAAAAUGGUAAUCCUAACUCCACAGAUGAUCAGGAUAAAAGUGAAGUCCUAAAAAGAGAAACAGAAUCAAGUUCAUUUAAAAAAGAGACUUUUGAUGAGCAGACAUCCCUAAAUCCCAACUCCACUGAUCGAGAUGAAAUCAUGGAGACCAACUGUCAGGAAAAAGAAAUUGUGACGAGUGACAAGAAUGAGCAAUGUGUUGCAAGUCAUUCAGAUCCCUGCUUACAUCCAACUAGCUCCAGCACAGAUGUCAAUCCCUGUCUAGAAAAACAAUGGACCAGUGCAGCAGAGAAUAAAAAUACCAAUUCUCCAGAUCUAGAUUGUAGUGUCCCUGGUGUCACUAGUCUUCUUAUUGAUACAAGUGACAAGAACAAGCAAGGUGUUGCUAAUAAUGUCGAAUCCUGCUUACAGCCAAACGGCUCAAGCACAGACAUAAAUCCAUGUCUCGAAACGGAAUCGACAAGCUCACCAGAAGAGAGAACACCAACCUCCUCAGCGCCAGAUUGUAGUGACACUGCUCUGACUGGCGACUGUAAAAGACAAAGUGUUUCGAACGGUUUACAAUCUUGUUCAAAGUCAAACACCUUAAGCACAGACAUAACUACCUGUGAAGAAAAGGAAUUGACAAGUCCAGCAGAGAAUACAAAUGUAACCUCUUCUCCAGAACAGUCCCAACAUCAAAGUCCAGUGGCUGUAGAACAAGGAAGUCUUAAUGGAGAUGUUGCUGAAAAUGCAGAAGAGUCGUUCAAAGAGUUGGACACACCUGCAGAUGAGCUGUCCUUGUCUGGCGUCCUCUAUGGUGAACCACUGUCAGGAGAUGAUUCGUCAUGUGAUGCUGAUGAAACAAAACUUGACAUCAGUCUGUAUAACGACACUUCUGUGGCCAGACCUGACAGCAACUCAAAUCGUCAACUCAAAUCCUCUAUACAAAUGAGAAAACGCCUGCAACCUGUUGUCAUAUUGAAGACAUCCGAGUCAGUAAAUGGAGCGAGUAACUCUUAUCAUUGCGCCGAUUGCCAACACACAACCCACAAUGUAGAUCAUCUAAUUGAACACCACCAUUGUUGCCACUCGGUGCAAAACUUUCAGUUUUGCACGACUUGUAAUGUCUACCUGAUGAGGAAUGAACAAUCAGAGAAACAUGUGUGUAGGGUGACCAAAGAUAGCCCUCGGUUCUCUUCUGACUCCAGCCGACUGAAGAAAAGAAACCGCCAUGGCAGCUACAGGUGCAUUCGAUGCAGACUCCUAUUUUCAACACUAACUCAAUAUAUCAGCCAUAUACGAACUCACACUGGCAAAACACCCUAUAAGUGCAAUGAAUGUGGAUCGUACUUUUCACAGUCUAGUAGCAUGCGAAGGCACAAGAAAAUACCCGGCAGAUGCAAGGGGUCAAACCGUGAAGUUACAAAUUCUGAUGCUGAUUCUGAUAUCAAAGAAACUAAAACACCUCUACAAAAGGACCAUGUAAAGAACGAACCAUAUCCAGAUCUACCUGGAUGUUAUGUAAAGCUUUUCGACAUCUCUACAACUCAUCUGUGUAGUUCAUGUGGUAAAAACUUCUCAACUGCAGACAAGGUCAAAAAGCACUUCUUCAACGUACACAAGGGGAAAAGUCUGGCAGUUUCAUCAAGUCAGUGUACCACAAAUCACAGUGGUGAGAAAACCCCAAAGGGGGAAUAUAAGUGUCCUCUCUGUCCACGGCUUUUCAAGUACUCCUACAACAGAGCUCGGCAUUUGCGUGACUGCGUAAGAAACUCCAUAUGUGAUGGGAAGGGAAAGAUUUCCGGUAAAUAUCGGUGUCCCUUGUGCCGUGUUACCUUCACUUUAUCAAGCAACCGCUACAGACAUAUUAAAACAUUUUGCCUCAGAGAAUGUGUAAAUCGGCUUGCUAAAGAGAAGACAACAUCAAAGGAACAGGUUGAACAGAAAAAAACAAAGGAAAUUGAGCAGAAAACGCCGUCAAAGAAAAGUGAACAGAUAAAACGAACACCCCCAACUUUAACAGCCCUCGAGCCUGUACGACGUUACAAAUGCAGUCUUUGUCCAGCAGUUUUUUGCCAUGGUUCCGGAAAGUACAGACACAUGAAGAAACAUGAGGUGUUUAAACUCACUGGUAAAAUGUUCAAGUACAGGAAUUCAGUUUUCUCCACAAUGUCUAAACCAGCAACUUUAUGUAGUUCAAACACUGGAGAGAAUAAGGAUAACUCCAAAUCAACUGAGACAACUGGCAGUCUUGCCCUGAGCUGUAAGUUUUGUGGAAGAUGUUUUGAAUCACCACAGUCACUGAAGAAACAUGUGCACAGUCAUGGAGGCCAAAGACCGUACAGCUGUCUGGAAUGUGGCAAAGGAUUCAAAAAGCGUGCCUAUCUGAUUGGUCAUAAAAUUGUUCACCAGAGGAGGAUACAGUGCACUGUCUGCAGAAAGAUUCUUCCAACUAUUGGCGAACUGAUCCAGCACAGAAGCUCCCAUCAUAAAAAGGGAAUGCUUCGGUGCCCAGACUGUGAUCUGCAGUUCCAGUAUCCUGCACAUCUCCUUAGGCACCUCCACGCCCACAAAAACCGAGAAAAGAGGACAAGUCGUUUUGGAGAGAGACCAUCAUUAAAACCACAGGAGUCCUUGGAAUCCUUAAAAGAGCAGAGUGGGCCAAAGCAGCUACAGUGUUCUCUAUGCAAAGAGGUAUUUAAUGAUGCCCAAGUAUUGAGGAAACAUUGUCUUGCACAUAUAUCUGGGUCCUCGUCACACCAGUGUCCAUUUUGCAAAGCUGAUUUCGUGAAUCGCCGCUAUUUGCUGCGCCACAUGUUCAAACAUACUGGAGACAUGCCCUUUUCCUGCACCAACUGUGGAAAACAGUUUUACCGUGACUUGUAUCUUAAACUUCACAGUGAGAAGUGUUUGCCUACUCAAACCAUGCAUCUGGUCAAAAUGGAGUCUGACGGUAAGAUGGGGCCACAUCGGUGUUUCUACUGUCCACGGAGAUUUUUUAGGAGAAACCGCCUGAAAAAUCAUCAACGUGGCCACAAGGCAAACACUCUGCUUCUAUGCUCAGGAUGUGGGCAGUACUUUGGAUUUACAAAAUUGAAUCAACAUCGGAGGAACUGCACAGGAACUUCAGAGCUCAACGAUGGCUUAUCAUCUGUCAAUGGCGAUGUUUGUAAAAGCACUUCACAGACGAGCCAGGAUGUCCGCAUAAUGCCUCCAAAGUCCAAUGCAACCGAGAUGCUUCAGUUUAAAUGCCCGCACUGUACAAAGAGGUUCAGGUACAGAUCGUUACUGUUGAGACAUCUUGCGUCACACACUGGUGUGUACCCCUAUGCAUGCAUGCACUGUGGACACAGUUAUAGAGAGAAGACGAUGUGUUUGAAGCAUGAAGCUUUCUGUGAUGGUGUUUACAAAGAGGGGCAGUCGAAAGGCAACGGUUCUGCUGCAACUCCUUUGUCAAAGACGCCUACUCUCAGUGAGGCGGCACAAAAGCCCAAAGUAGAAGGGGAAGCUGGGUUGAAGUGCAAAUUCUGCACCAAGACUUUCAUGAAAUCACGAAGCCUGAGACGUCACAUUUUGACACACAAUGAAGUGAAACCAUAUCUCUGUAAAGCCUGCGACAGCUGCUUUUCAAGGUAUGAUCAUCUGAAAGUACAUCAGACUCGCUGUAGAGGGAAAAAAACACGAUUGGAGGUCCGUAUUCCCAAAAUCAGUUUAGAUGAUGUUGGCAAGGGUUGGCAAAAUAGGUUUGGUAUGCUGGCAGCUGCUCAAAAGCAGGAGACAUUUGAGUGCAAAGUCUGUUCAAGGAGCUUCUCCACUCAAUCUAAGCUUUCCCGACAUAACACUAUGUUCCAUCUUACAAAAUUAUUCAAGUGCACACGCUGUGGCUCGUCAUUUGCUCAUGAAAAAUCUCUGAAAAAGCACAAGAAAAUGAGGAAGUGCAGGAUUCUCUCCAAAGAAACAAAUGCUUCUCUGCCACUGGAAACGAAUCCACCAACAAACCCGCCUAUAGGGCUGAGAAAUAAAAUAAUACAUCGUAUCCAGCCUUAUUUGAGCAAAAAGCACAAAUACACAUGUAGUUAUUGCCCCCGUGCUUUUCAACACACCUGGCAAUUGAUCGUGCACACCCGCCUGCACACAGGAGAGCGGCCAUUUGCCUGUGAAGAUUGUGGCCAGAGAUUUAUAAGGAAGGAUUACGUGACUCGUCAUGCCACAAAGUGCACCAAAAUACGAUGCAUUGUAACACCAAUAUCAUCCAAGUCCACAGUUUGCCAACAGUCAACCACUAAAAGCCCACCAAAAGGCUUUUCUUGUGCAUACUGUAGUUCCCGGUUCUUGCUAUUUUCACAGCUUCAAGAGCAUUUUUUAAAUGCACACAAGCUGGAAACAAUGGUUCCACCAAUAUCCUCUGCUCCCUUACAACACCAUCUGUUAAAUAUAGCAAACAUCAAAAAAGAGCCUUUGGAUGAGAGUGGUGACAAACAGCUCAAUGAUGGUGCUAAAUUCAUCUGUAAACUAGAUACAGCUCUUGAAAGUACGGUCCCCAAUCCAUUGUCCUGCCCAGAGUGCAAUAUGUCCUUUACAAAUAAAGCUGGACUAACUGGUCACCUGCGUGUACACACAAUGGACUAUCCUUACAAUUGUAAAACAUGCAAGAGGGGCUUCUGGAAUAAAAGGCUUCUCCGUAACCACAAAAGGAAAUGUAGAUCUGGGCACAUUUCAGAGAGAAGUACAACCCAGCAGUUGGAAGUUCCUUUGAAAGGAGAGAUUGAUUUUGUGCUGAAUGACUCUGUUCUAGUGUUCAAAGAGGCCUCCGAAUCAAGUGGCACUGGCGUUUUGCAGACCAGCUUCUCCUGCAAAGAUGAGCCAAUGGACAAAUCCUCCGAAAAUUCAGAAGGACAACAGGUGCAGAGCAGCUUAAGUAAAGAGAAGAAACCUGUGCAGUACCAAUGUUCAGAAUGUGAUAAGAGCUUCACAGAUGGCUUAAUGCUCAUUAGUCACCUUGAAGACCAUGGAAGACAAGAACAAGCGAAAAAGCGCAAUGUGUGUAUUGAGUGUGGGCAGGAGUUUGCUAGUCAAGGAAAUCUUACAAGACACAUGAAGAUACAUGGAACCGAUGGGAAAUACUCUUGCCCUGACUGCCCCAAAGUUGUUGAGACCCCAUCUGAUCUUGAAAUCCACCGAACAUGUCAUGACCCAAGUAGGCCUUUUACUUGCAAACUGUGUAAUCACAGGUUUUGGUCUAGACCAUCUCUAUGUAAUCAUUACAGAGAAGAGCAUCCAGACGAUGUGUUUUCUUGUCGUUUCUGUAGCAAGGCCUAUGCCGUCAAAAAAUCACUGGCAAGACAUUAUACAAGAUGGCAUCGAAAUGAGCAGAGGAAUCUUGCGAGAACUGUACAGGAAAAGAGCCCCGCUGAACAACCAUCCAGCAGUCAAGUCAGCACAACUGGUGAAAGCGAUGAGGAUGAAAAUACCGGCAGUGAGGACAGCGACUCAGACUCUGCGCCAUACUUCCCGUGCCACGUGUGUGGAAAGACAUUCCCGACAUCGGAAAGUCUCGAGGACCACCAGCGUUGUCACCUGGGUGAAAAACCACACGAAUGUGCAGAAUGUGGUAGAUGUUUUUUCCAGGCAUCCCAGUUGCAGCAGCAUCAACGAAUGCACAAGUCUGAAUUUCAGUGUCAGGCGUGCGGUAGGGGCUUUGUCUCGCUCUUUGCGCUACGUAAACACAAGCAUACUCAUGGAAAGAGCCGUCCCUACCGUUGUUCCAAGUGUGACUUCAGUUUCCCAGGGCCGUUGCAGUUGGCGGAACACAUGUCUACCCACCGUGAAGAGAACUUCCCAUGUGAUAUCUGCAGUCUUGUGUUUCUCUCCAAGAGUAGUAGAGUUGAGCAUCGUAAAAGCCACUCUAAGUCAAGUGACGGCCCCCCACCUCAAAUUUCAAGGGAAGAACAUGAGAAGUCUGCUCUGCUAUCUGAAUGCUCAUCGGUAUCCCCGAAAGAACUUAAAUAUCGCUGCGGUGUUUGUGGCGAGCGUUUCGGAGACCCAGAGGAGCUCUCGGAGCAUGGUUGCAUGGAAUCCAAAGAGCGGCCAUACUCCUGCUCAGACUGCGAUAAAUAUUUUCUGCAUGCGUCUCACCUGAAAAAGCACAGGACCACCCAUCACGUAUCAUUUUCUAAUAGUGAAUAUCCCUGCAAUCAGUGCAACAAUAGUUUUGCCACCUCUCAGCGCUUCCUCUGCCAUCUGAAGGGCCAUGGUGAUGCUGCAGCAGAAAUGAAACAAAACACUCAAGAUACAGAUGUGGCUCAAUCACACGGUUUCAUAUGUCCCGUUUGCCAUCAGUGUUUUGCCAGUGCCACUGAGUUGAUUUGUCAUUUCCCCACACAUCCUGAUGGUACCUUUGAGUGCAAAAUUUGUAAAAUGACACUUCCCUCUAAAAGUAAGCUCGAAGAACACGAGCGCUGUCACGUGACAUCUGCUGUGGAAUUUGAAUGCCAGUGUGGCCAGAGAUUUUGGGGAAAAGAUGCUUUCCAACAGCACCACUGUUCCCAUCAUCAGCCUGCAUCGAAAGAGGCUGAAUACUCAAAUCCAUCAGCUAAGACAUCCGCUCUAACUUUUUAUCAAGCAGCGGGAGAGGAGGAGGAGAUCGACGUUACUGGAGAGGACUUGUACAAUUGCGCCGUUUGCUCAAUGCAGUUCUCCUCAAAGAGUGGUCUUUUGGAGCAUCAAAAUAAACGGCACCGAAAUGAAAAGCCAUUCAAUUGUGAGCUUUGUGGAAAAACGUUUGCCAGGAAGCGGUACCUCAGAGUGCACGAGCAAAGGCAUCGUCAACAAACCCCGGCUCAAUCCCCGGUCGAAAGCAAGUUCAAAUGUACCCAGUGCUACGCCAAGUUCAAUACGGUGCAAGAUCUGUCCUUGCAUAUGAGAGUGCACGCUGAAAAUGAAGUCGGAGCGUUCCGCUGUGAUAUGUGCUACAAGUCAUUCGGCAAGUGGUCUCAUCUGAAGCGGCACCAAGAAAGCCAUGUCGGCCAAGUUGUGUAUGAAUGCACAGAAUGUGAGAAAGCCUUCGCUUUUCCUCACCUACUGGAGGAACAUCAACAGACUCAUGCUGGGUCCUCUCAGUAAGGGCUGUUGCAAACCAUCUACCUUAUCCUCCUUUUGAAUAGCUAGCUAUAGUAACUUGAAAUCCCUUCCAUGCCUUACAUGUGACUGUACCUCCAAUUGUUAUCACAAUUUAGAUCCAAUUUGUAUUUUUGACUCUUGUAACAUACUAACAAAGAGCUUGGCUCAUGUCUCUAUGACAGACCCUCUUCACCUGCGAUUCUAUUUACAGUGUAAAUAUAUUUUUUUGUUCGAAUAUGAAAUUUGUAUUCAGUAAAUGAGCCGGAUAAUUUCUUGAGUGUUUGUAAAUCUAUGGCUCGUAAUCUUGUGUAAAGCUGUUAAACAUUCUGUCUGAUGAAUACAGAUGAUGCAUGAUGGGAUAAGAUGCUUCUGGAAAGUCUUGGAUAAAGGCUGUAGUUUUUAUCAAACAUGAUCAUUAUUUUGAAAUAGACUUUAGUUUUGUUGAUAAUAUGUAAGAUAAACUUCACGCUGGUCAUUUUAAUCUAUUGGCAUUUUGUACUAUAUGUACUAUAGAUUUUGUAUUUUUCAGUUCAACAUUUCCCUGUAUUUAUAAUGGGUUGCAUUUUUUUUCAAGUUGCUAGUUUGCAAGUUUACUGUACAUGCAUUGAAAAUACAUUUUAAUUGAAUAUUCUUUUCACAAAAACAACCUGAGAAUGUUACUUUCUUAAGAAAUUUGAGUUGAUGCAUUCAAUUGAGGAGUAAAGUCAACUAGAAAAUCAAUUUGUGUCUCUGUUUCUUUGUAGUUCUGUGUACUUUCUUUGUAUUUCUGUGUACUUUGUGGGAAGCCAACAGAAAGGAAGCUUGCCAUGAAAAGCUGCACUUCAUUCCACCAACCCAAAUAUGAGCCAAGUCGACACGCACAGAGCACUACAUUAAUAUACUCCACAUGAGGAAUGAAGUAGAUAUUACUGGCACAACCAAAACAGAGUAAAUACUUUGUGCAAUAUUGUGCACAUACUGGAGCAAAAACAUUUAGGAAAGCGCUUUGAACAUUUAGUUUACCAACACAGAAUUGUUUUUUGUAGAAAAGGCAAAACAAAAACCAUUUGUUUUCUGCACUCCAAAAUGCUAUUAAAUGUCAUGGUCUAUUUUGUUUCUUCUAUCUAAUUGAACUCUUACCCUUUUGAAAGUAAUGGUGGAAAUGCCCAGAGUCUAAGAUUAUCUUUAUUUUGGUGUUUCAAUACAAACAGACUUUUAUUAAAAUACAUACUGUAUCUAAAAUGUGAGAUUCUUGCAUCUUAACACUGAUUCACACCUGAGCUUAAAGUGAGUAGGUAUACCUAACCGUAUCAAGUUGUAUUAAUUUUAUUAUAAAAAACAAAAACUAAAUAUACAUAUAUCAGACUCAUGGUAUAAUGAGAUGAAGGACUGAAGGUACUAAAACUGCUUCAGUCUGGAUGGAUGCUCCGGACUGAAGCACCUACUCGGCAAAUAAAGUGCGCGCUAUAUUGACCGAGAAAGCUGAUCUCCUGCUGGGGGAGUAUAGCCGGCUGUGCCUACAUGUACCAGGAUUCAUUGCGCACAAACUACAUCUGAUAAAUAAACAAAAUGUUAAUGAAGGAAAUAUUGCUACACCUUAACAGAAAGAUACAUCCUUGCAUCUUCUGAAUUGAAGUUUCUCUUCUACGUCGACCUAAGACAGGCUUAAUUUCCUUUGUUUAACUCAUCGUAACACACACUUCAUUCAAACCGGACAGAAACCAUAAAAUAAAUAAAAAUAAUAAAUAAAAUUCCGACACAUCUUGGUUAGUUUUUCCACUGUUCAGCAACUGUGGUUUGGUUGAAAUAAAUCCUUAAUUCAUAGGGUAAGAUGUGUAAAUAUCACAGCAGGCUGUUCGUACUUCUUCAGAUGUAGACCAUUAAAUUAGCAAAAUUCGAAAGAUAAAAAUCAGUCUGCUGGUCUUGGUUGUCUCAGUUCAUCUGUGGGAUUAUACAUCGGCCAUGUCCUCCCCACUGCCGCUGCAGCCAUGAGCAGCCUCUCUCUGGCUGAAUGCGGUUGAAUAUCUGAAUCAGCCAAAACACUGUAAAAUGUACAGAGAAAAAAAACAUCCAUAACAUCCUCUGCACUCAUAUUUUGGGAUGCCAAGCGAUGAGAAGAAGUAUUAGAAGCUGAAGUAAUACUCUGUACUUCUUCCUUAUACAAAGUACCUAUGGGACACGGAAAAACAACAGAUUUAGCUGCUGUGCCCUAGAGACACAGAGAAUAUCAGUAACAACUACAGGCCUUUUGCAUGCUAUGAUCUUGGAUAGGUAGAGAUAAAGUUGAAAAUUGGUGAAUUUUUCUUUUACUUUAAGGGUAAUUACAGGAUCCAAGGCCCCUUCAACAGAUCCAUUAGUGCCUGCCACUGAUGCACUGGACUUGAUCCAGCAAGAGAAGCUGAGAGCAUGCCCUGUCACCUUCCCAAGCAGGACGAAGGAUAUUCCCACUUUUUUAGGGAAUCGGAGUAACCACUCAGCGAACAGUUACUGAAUGAAUAUUGACUUCUUUGCAAAAGGUUCCUUCAUGAGAAGUUUUAUUGGUUGGGGAUUGACUUACGUGACAUCACACCACCAAGAGUGAGUAAGUGUCUCUGAAAACACUUGGCAGGAAUAUAGUCUUUAACUUUAACCCUCUUACUGCCAGAUCAGUGGAGCCCUUGAGGAGCUGCAUGAGAUGUGGGAAUAGUUUGGGAAAUUCAAGAACAUGUAAUAUCCAUAUCCUGAAAAAGAAGAUAUAGUUCAUGUUCAUCCUGGCUGAGGUGCUUCGAGUAUAACAUAUAGCAAUAUGAGAGCACACAUUCUUGGGAAAGUGGCUCAGAUUUAUCUUAUCAAGCUCAGAAAGUUCUGUGAUGCACUAGAUCCACAUUUCAGAGAGAGAGAGAGAGCAGCCAGUAAUUGCAGUCUUCUUUCAUUCCAGUAGCACUUGCUUUAUUCAAGAGGUUGAGGAAGGCAGUGUGGCAAUGUGCCCAGUUUGCAGAAUAGGAAGCAGUUUGACAUUUAUCACAUGUGUACUGUUAGAAACCCACUGUUCCCAAUGCUAAAGAACUACAGUAGCUGGAGACAAUGUGGUUACCGGAUGUAUGUGGACCUACUGUCCCUCAGGUUGGUGAAGCAGACCAAUGUCCUUAUUUCCCACGGGAUACCACGACAAAGGCCUGGCCAUUCUAGCGGACAAAGCUUUCUGGCCAUUACUUGUGCUGGUGAAGGGAUUGAAUUGAA